AUGGAGGAGGAGAACGUUUUAUGUGACGAAGAUAAAAGUGAUACUGACGAAGCUUUGAAGGAAUGUGAACGAGAAUUACAUGCAAUGCAAAAUGAGAAAUAUGAUAAAAGACCUCGAGAAAGUGACGGAAGCAGUGAAGAGGGUUUUAUAACUGUGUGUAAAACACCGAAAAGGCCAAAACACAUGUCUGGAAAUUCAACUAACACGAUUUUGGAAAUACAGGAUGAUUUGAGUGGAAUAGAAGAAAAUAAAUAUGAAGUUUGUUUAUUUUCAACUCAAGUUUUACCUAAACAAAUGGGUUUAGCAAGACUAUUGAAAGGUGAAGGUAUUACCAACAUAUGCAAAAUCAAAUACAAAAGUUCAUUCAAGACAUUUAUAACCUUCAAUGAUAGAAAACAAGCUGAAAACCUUCUGAUAAACAAAAAAAUUGCAGAAAUGGAUAUAAGAUCACAACUAACAGAUGAGAGCAACUUAUCUUAUGGCAUUAUAAGAGGAGUAGAUCUAGAUAUGAGCGAAAAAGAACUUAUGGAAGUUUUAAGUGCACCCUGUGAUAUCAUAUCGGUGAAGAGAAUGAAACGUGUGAAUUAUAAUGACAAAUGGGAAGACUGCGAGACUGUCCGGUUGGGUUUCAAAAGCAAAACGAUCCCACCAAGUGUAGACGCUUUUGGGUGCAAAUUUGAUGUCGAAAAGUUUGUAUUCCCUGUGACGCAAUGCUCAAAUUGCUGGAAAUUUGGACAUGUGAAGAAAUUUUGCUCUCUAAAUAGAAUUAUAUGUCCAAAGUGCGGUGAAAGUCAUAACAACUGCGAAACAAUGACAUAUAAAUGUCCAAAUUGUAAAGGAGCGCAUAUGGCAUUGAGUAAAAUAUGUCCUUUCUUUCUCAAGGAGAAAGAAAUUCGUUACAUAAUGAGUAAUAACAAUAUUACUUACAAAAAAGCGUUGGAACUUUUCUUGAAAGAUAAGAAGAAGAAAGAAAGAGAACAAGAAAUAUCAACACAAGGAAAAAAUGGAUUACCAUCAUCAUUCCUAUCGACAUCACGGCUGAACCAUUUAAGAACCUAG